AUGCCAGAAUUCACUAAAUCAUUAUUCUUUUUAUCAAAGUUCAACAAUAAAAUUUGUAAUAUAAAUCAAUUUAAAUCAAAUCAAUUAAUACAUGAAUCAUCUAAUUCUCAGUUAUCUUCUGAAGCAUCUAACGAUUUUGCAUUUAAGGAAUCUGAAAAACAAUCAUCUAGCAACAGUGCUAAAGUGUCUGAAUCAGUCUUUUACAAUAAUGAUAAUUCUAGUUUAAAAAAUACUCAAUCAUCACUAAAUCUUUCAACUUUAUGCAAUACACAAGAGUCUCCAUCAGCCUUGUCUGUAGAAUCACCUAAAGGUCGAUUAAUUAUAAGAAUAAUCCAAGCAAGAAAUUUAAAAGUAAAAAGUAUAGAUGCAGAACCUUAUGUUAUCUGUACAUUUGAAAAUAACGAAUUUAUAUCUCGAGGACCUGUUAUGGAUCACAACGAGCCAAUGCGUGGGAUAGCUAUUCCAAAGUCUCAUCAUUCAUCAACAUAUCUUCAUAAUACAUAUGAAAAUGGUUUAGUAACCAGAAAAAACAGUUUUUCAAAUGUCAUAUACACUGCGAAUAAUCCUUUCUGGAUGUAUCAAGUUAUAUUCGAUGUUAUCGAUUUAAAAAGUAAUAUUGAUAUAAAUGUUUAUGAUAGAAAGAAUCAUGGAUCUUUUCUAGGGCAUGUACAGAUUAAGCCUAUUUUUAUACAUAAAAAAGAAACAAAACACUGGUAUAAAUUAGAAACUUUAGAAAAAGAAGAUGAGAAUAUUGCAGAAAUUCAUUUAGAAAUGAUAUAUGAACAAAUUAAUAAGCGACAUUAUGGUCCGGACGAUUUUGAAAUACUAAAACUUAUUGGGAAGGGCACUUUUGGCCAAGUUUAUCAAGUAAGAAAGAUCGACAAUAACAGAAUUUAUGCCAUGAAGGUUCUAUCUAAGAAAACGAUAGUCCAAAAAAAAGAAAUCAAACAUACUAUUGGUGAAAGAGAUAUAUUAGUACGUACUACUAUUUCGGAUUCACCAUUCAUAAUUGAUCUUAAAUUUUCAUUCCAAACACCCACAGAUUUAUAUCUAGUUACUAGUUAUAUGAGUGGAGGAGAACUCUUUUGGCAUCUUCAAAAAGAAGGGAGAUUUCCAGAACCCAGAGCUAAAUUUUAUAUAGCAGAGCUAAUUCUUGCAUUAGAACAUUUGCACAACCAUGAUAUAGUAUAUAGGGAUCUUAAACCCGAAAAUAUACUACUUGAUGCAAAUGGUCAUAUUGCAUUGUGCGAUUUCGGGCUGUCUAAAGCAAAUUUAUCUUCUAAUUCCACAACAAAUACCUUUUGCGGAACUACUGAAUAUUUGGCCCCAGAAAUUCUUUUAGAUGACUCAGGAUAUACUAAACUAGUAGACUUUUGGUCACUUGGUGUCCUUGUAUUCGAGAUGUGUUGUGGUUGGAGUCCAUUUUAUGCAGAAGAUACACAGCAAAUGUAUAAAAAUAUUGCAUUUGGAAAAGUUCGUUUUCCUAAAAAUAUAUUAAGUCUUGAAGGAAGGAAUUUUGUAAAAGAGCUUUUGAAUAGGAACCCUAAACAUAGACUUGGCGCCACUAGAGAUGCAUUGGAACUUCGAGAACAUAGUUUUUUUCAUGAUAUAGACUGGGAUGCACUAUUAAAGAAAAAAAUUCCACCACCAUUCAAGCCUGUAAUCUCGGGAGAAUCUGAUGUUAGUAAUUUUGAUUUAGAGUUUACUUCUGCUCCAAUACAGAAACCUGAAAACAAUAUACAUGCAUCCACUCCUUUGAGCUCAACUAUGCAAGCAAUUUUUAAAGGAUUUACAUUUGUUGAUGAAAGCUCUUUUGACGAUCGUUUUGAAAAAAGUUUUUUCAAACAAUCUAUUUUCAUGGAUCAAGAUCAAAAUUUAAACUAUUGCAAUAUAGAUGAUAGCGAAAAUUAUCAUACAGAUAAUAACUAUAAAAACGAUAGCCAAAUAAAUGACGAUAGAACAAUGAGCAUUGUACAAACAGAAGAUGAAAUCUUUCAGGGUAAUUUUGAUUAA